GCAGCAGAUUCAGUGCACUGAAGUAUGCACUUGAAGUGUUUGAUCAGCUCUGACAGAAAUGGGUGUGUCUGCAUAGGGGUGUGUGUGUUGUGUGUGUAUAUAUGUGUUAGUUCACACAUUGUUCUCUCAAGCAGCAAGGUACGACGGCGCUGUCAAGACAAGCCAUGUUCAUACUAAUCUGCCGCUACAACCGGGUGUUCGCUUACCCUGGCGAUGACAUCACGCUGUCCUCUCACCUCUCGCCUGAAACCAGCGCCGUGUCCAUGGAGGUCCGGUGGUUUCGGGGGACUGAAUGCAUUUACCUGUAUAAAAAUGGGCAGGUGAGCGUUGGGAGGGGCUUCGAAGGCCGAGCGAGUCUUUUAACCCAGGAGCUGAAGAGAGGAAACGUGUCUCUGAUCCUGAAAUCCAUCUCACCCAUGGACACGGGAACCUACAGCUGUCAGGUGCUUACUGGCCACAACAAGGUGGAGAAGUCAGUACAUUUAUAUAUGUCUGGAAUGGAGCCACUUUCACCUGAUAAAAUAGGACCGAAGCUCACGGAACAGGACAGCGUGGACAUGGAAGAAUCUGUCCUCAUAUUUGAGUUGAAGAAAUUACUGCAGCAACGGGAAAAAGAGCUUCAGGAUAAAACCAGAGAGUUGGAAAGCACAACUGAAAUGCUGAGGACAAAGUCGAGUCUCCUGCUGUACACAGACAUAGACCUGGAGAAUAUGAGUAAACUGGCAAAUCGGAAAGAGGAACAUUUAAAGAACAUGGCGAGUGAGCUGGAAACAUGUAAGAGGCAACUGGAAACACUGGGACAGAAACUGCAGGAGAAGAACACACAGGUCGAGAAGCUUCGAGUCAUUCUGCAGGACAAAGAGCGAGAACUGGAGGAGGAAAAGAAACAUCUAGGGGAAAGUGAAGAACAGCAGAUUACAGAGGGACUGAAGAGCACAGCACAAGACACCGCAGACACAGAGGAAUCUGUCCACUUACUUGAGUUGAAGAACUUACUGCAGAACAAGGAGGAAGAGCUUGAAGAUAAAACAAAGCAGUUGGAGAGCACAACAGGAGAGCUGAUGAGGAUGACAAAGCUGCUACAAUGUAGAGACACGGUUGUGGAGAAUUUAGCAAAAGAGCGAGACGAAUAUUUGAAGAAUAUGGCUGGUGAGAUGGAAAUGUGUUUAAAGGAACUGGAGACACUGGGACAGAAACUGCAGGAGAAGAACACACAGGUCGAGGAGCUUCGAGUCAUUCUGCAGGACAAAGAGCGAGAACUGGAAGAGGAAAAAAAACGUCAAGGAGAACAGGAACAUGUGAUUACAGUGAAUAAAAUGGCGGAUGUUUCUCAUGGGCCAGUCGUCCCCGAAAUCCUGGAGAAGAGCGAUGACAUGCUGAGCAAAAUGUUCCAAAACCCAAAGGAGCAGCUGGAAGAGAUAGAGAGCUGGAUUUACAAAAAGAGAGAGGAGAGAAGACUGAGUGAAGAGGAGGAGAGGGCAGAGGUUCUUGAAAAAGAGUUUCUUGAUUACGUCUCGAUGGUGAAAGAACUGAUUGGAAAAAAACACGAGAAGAUCGUGGCUUGGGCAAAGAUGAUGGCUGUGCUUCAGCAUAAGCUAGAGGUUGUAGAGACAGACGAGGAAAGGGAGGCGUUAGAGAUACAGAUGAAAGAAGCUUUAGAAAUGCAGAGGCAAGGUGAGGAAGAGAUAGAAAGACUGACCGAAGGCAUAGAGGAAAAGAGGAGUGGAAUUGAGGAGAAGCACAAGCAUGAGAUAGAGAAGAUCAGGGAGAAAUACAGCACUGUGUCCAAGAUUGAAGCAGAAACAAAUAUCCUGAAAAUCAUCGUCCCUGACGUACAGGCGUACUUUCAGAAUAUAGCUGCGAACAUGCAGAGAACUUUGGACGCACAAAGACAGAUCAUAACUAACGAGAUCACUGGAGAAAGACGAACCCCAGAUUACACAAAUGUAGACAAAGUGGAAAUUAGUGUUGAGCAGGAAAUCCUGGAAAAUCAAACCAACAGUCCGGUCAAAAAAGAGGUUACCAUACAGGCAGAAGUGGAAGUGGUGAGAUCCAUUAAGAGUAGCCCGGAAAUAAGCAAUAACUGUGUAGAGACACUCGUGCAGGAAGACGCAGAAGUAGAAGCAGAGCUACGUGGAGCCAGAGAACUUAUCCAUUGUAAGCGUGAGGAUACAGAAUCAGAGUCAGAAGACGAGAGCAACCAAAUGGUGAAUGGCGUGAUAAUUGAAGAGCGAGAAAUAGAAGCAGAGAUAGAAGAAGGAGAAGAAGAAGAAGAAGAAGGAGAAGAAGAAGAAGAAGAAGAAGGAGAAGAAGAAGGAGAAGAAGAAGAGUGGGAGGAGGGGAGGGAAGUGAAUGAGCAUGUUGAAACAGGUUAAGAGGACAUGGUUAACACCCAGUAGACUUUCAGGCGCUAAUCCCUGUACUGGAACUAAUAACUUUUCACAUAGUGAUUGGCAUACUCCUAUGUUACAUUUUCUGAUGAUGAAUGCCUAGCUUUAUCACGUAGAAUUUUCUCUCCAUUUUCUUCCAGUUCCAAAAUUGGUGGGUGUGGUCUAUGCAAAGCCAGCUACAACAUUUUUUCACACUGCUGCCAAUGCAAUCUCACAGGGU